AUGGCGGAUAAGACUGCUCGCAGACCACUGACCUCGCGGCCCCUGGACUUCUUCUACGUCCUCUUCUUUGCCGUCCACCUCGUCGCAUCGUGCCUCAUCGACUCGCAAGUCUUUUUACCCGCCCACUUUGUCCCUGCGCCCCUCAGCGCGGUUCUCGACACGUUCCUGCGCGACACCAAUGACCCGCUCAUGCGCAGUGCCCUCGAGGGGCGGCGAGACAAUGCGUGGUUCCUCGCCGCCCUUGUGGGCGAGAUGGCCAUCCAGCUGCCCAUUUUUGCCCUCGGCAUCGUUGCGCUGCUCAAGGACGACAAGCGAAUCUAUCCCGUCCUGAUCUUGUAUGCUUCCGUAGCGGGCAUCACCACGGCUCAGGUCCUCGCGACGUACUUUGUCGGCGACGAGCGCUUCCUCCUCACCUCGCACAACAUCGUCGCCCUCCUUCAGGCCCACGCUCUUUGGGCCAUCACACCGCCGAUCCUGCUCGUCGACAUGACAGCACGGUGCGUCGGCAUCAUUGGCGAGGCAACGAGACUUGCGAGCGAGCAGCAGCAGCAGCAGCAGCAGCCACGACAGCACAAGGCCAAAGACAGGAAGAAGCAGUGA